CAUGGUGUCGCCCCCAGAUUUCCCCUCUCUGGCCAAUGCGCGCAAAGCCCUUUCUGUACCCUCUCUACUGUAUCCAGAUACGUGCCUUUGUGCACCAGUUCGACGCAAACCCAAAUGGCCCCGUAGCGACCCUCUUAACCAUUUAGUGCUAGUACGGGAACAGGGCAGCCCUGUUCACUCACUCGGCUCGUCUCCAAAAUAUGCGUCCGGGCCUGGCGGGUAUAGCGGCGGAGAUGCUGAGCGGUGCUACCUGCGGUGCCAGGCCGAGGCUCGGCAGCCUCCUGCUGGCCAGCCUCUCCAAAACAGUGCCGCCGAUGUCAGGCAUCGGGAGCCGCAGAUUUCGCUCCACGUCCUCGAUGCAGGGAUUCUCAGAGAUGGCAAGAGAGCGGUCGAAGACUGUCACGUCGUUUUACAACCAGUCUGCCAUUGACGUUUCCGCAGAAAAGACGACCUGCCCUGCCAACCUGGAUGGGAAGAGAUGAAUAAUGUCGUUUUAUGUCGCUAUACCCAAACAAAACAAAAAGCACACACGCACACUCUGAACUUCACCACUUUUCUACUCCGGGUGUUAUUACCAACCUGAUGGACAUACUCAUCCAUUGUGUUUGGCAUGUCAAAGUUAACCAUAUUGACAAUUUGUAUAAUUUAUGAUUAUUAUAAUUCUUUUUUUUUUUUGUGUGUGGCUCAAGGUGGGGCCAUGCCCCAUUGCCCUCUAUUGACCAGCCGCCACUGGAUUAGACCAUAGGAUUUAGUUGUUAGUAGGUGUUGUUUAGGUUUAUUUAUUUAGUUA